ACUGGCUGGUUGUCUCUUUAGUUCAGGAUGAACAGAAACACACAGACGCUCACUGUUGCUUCUACAAAUCCAAAUGUUUCUUCAUAUGGAGAGGAACUUGAGGAAGUAAGUGACUACGUUAAUACAGCUGUGUGCACUGUGGACAAGAUGUCAGCCACCUCAGAUAAGAAGUGUGGCUCCUUCACUCAGUGUUUUCUACCAGUAGCAGUGAGUUGGGUGAUACUGUUGGUAAUCUUGGUCCUUCAUAUCUACUUUACAUCUGUCAUCUCUGGAAACAUCAACAAGCUGACCGCAGAGAACCAGAAGCUGAAGACACAAAACCAGGAGCUGAAGACAGAGAAGAACAAAUUAACAGAACAAAUACGAAACAUAGAGAACAACGUUACUGUCACCCAGCAGAUCAUUGAUGCCUACUGCCCAAUAAAAGACGGAAACAGACAGUGUAAACCUUGCCUGGAUGGCUGGAUGCACCACCAGUCCAGCUGUUACGCAAUCAAUACCCCUGAUACUGCUGGUCAGAAAACCUGGGAGGAAGCUCAAGAGAACUGCAGAGGAAAGAAUUCAGACUUGGCUGUAAUAGUUAAUGUAGAUGAAAAGACAUUCAUCAGUGAUAACAGUUGGGAAAGUUCAGGAGACAAAGGCUACUGGAUUGGACUGAGAGCUGAAGACAGGAAAUGGAAGUGGAUCGAUCGAAGUGAUCUGGCUGAAAAGUAAAAGUCACAUUCCUAAACAGUUUGAAUCAUAAAA